AUGGUCUCGUCGGUCAUCUACGACUCGGUCGUGGCGGCGCUGCCUCGCAGCCUCACCGCCAACGUGCCCACCUACCUGCUCGCAUGGGAGGCCGGCAAGACGCCCCUGUCGACGUUCCCCUCGCUGGUUGCCGCCAUCGUCACCUACCUCGCCGUCAUCUUUGGUGGCCGCGAGCUGAUGAAGAACAGGCCCGCCUUCAGCUCCAGCAUCAAGAUCCCCUUCCUCGUCCACAACCUCGCCCUCACCUUUGGAAGCGCGCUCCUCCUCGCCCUCAUGCUCGAGGAGGUCGUCCCGAUCUGGCGCAGGAACGGCUUCUACUACGCCAUUUGCGGAGAGGGCGCCUGGACCAUGAAACUCGAGACCUACUACAUCAUCAACUACUACUUCAAGUUCUGGGAGCUGAUCGACACCGUCUUCCUCGUCCUCAAGAAGAAGCCCCUUGCUUUCCUUCACGUGUACCACCACUCGGCCACGGCCGCCCUCUGCUUUAGCCAGCUGCACGGCAAGACGAGCGUCUCGUGGGUCGUCAUCUGCCUCAACCUCGCUGUGCACGUCCUGAUGUACUUCUACUACGCCCUCACCUCGCUCAAGAUCCGCUGCCCCUGGAAGAAGUGGGUGACGACUGCGCAGAUUACGCAGUUUGUCAUUGACCUCUUUAUCGUCUACUUUGCGUCGUACAACUACUUCGUCUACACCUACUUCCCCAACGUGAUCCACUAUGGCACGUGCGCGGGCAAGGAGCACGCGGCGUUUUCGGGCAUGGCGUGCCUCACGAGCUACCUCUUCCUCUUCAUCGCGUUCUACAAGAAGACGUACAACCAGGCGCAGGCCAAGAAGCGCGCGGCGGCCAACGGCAAGGCGGUCGGCAACGGCCACGCCGCCAACGGAUCCGUCAAGGCGCAAUAG